AUGUUAUUCAAAGCCAAAGCUAAUCUGGUCGCCACAAACUUUGAAGAUGAAGAAGACUGCAAUUCUUUUAAGAGUUUGCUUCCAUUAAAACCCGCCAUCAAUGAUAUCUCUGUUAAAUGUACCCAAAAUUGGAAGAAUUCUCAAAAAAAACUAAAAUUACGUCGUCGUAAUGGUCUCCGAAUGGUGGCCAAUUUACUAAAAAGUUCUGAAUCAUACGAAACCACAAAAAGUUGCGUGGAAAAUGGAAGUGAGGACACUGACCAGUGGUCGCCCCCAAAACUUGGUGAAUUUGAAAGUUUCUGUUUCAAAGAAAAUUUUGGUAAAACAAGAACAAAGGUCCAACAAGUUCAAAAAGUUAAAAAAGGUAAAAAAGUUCACAAAAGUCCGAAGAGCCCAAAUCCAAUGUUAAUAAGGAAGAGUACUUUGGGUAAAAAAUAUUGUAAAUCAAACACUUUUAAAGUGUCUGAUUUUCAAUGCCAUCAAGAGCUAGCUAUCUCUAGUUAUAAUGAAUGGGGGAUGGAACCAUGGCUAUUUGUUGCACAUCAUUAUCAAACUUGGUUUUAUAUUAGCACCUGGAAUUACUAUUUACCAUCCAUUUCAGGUGAUAAAUGGGGCCUGUUCAACAUUAAUGGAUGGACAAGUGAGUUUAGUAGUCUUUUGCCAGCAGACAAGAAAAUUACAAACACCCAUGAAAAACUAGCCAUUUCCGCCAUCCCGAGCUCUAAUCUUCUUUGUCUUGGAGAUUCAAAUCGAACGCCCUCACAGAUCAAUCAUGCAGGAAAUAUUUAUUGCAUAAAAGUUAAAGAAAAAAUGUUAAAUAGAUUGAAAGAAAAGUUCGUUGGUUAUGAUGUAUACAGAAAGCUGGAAUUGGGACCACAGGCUUGGUGGGAUACUAAAAAGCGCCAGGAAUGUCAAACAAGUGCAGUUGGAGUUUUUACACCAAACAUGGACAGUGUUAAACUUUUCUUUGAGAAUAGAGUGGCAUCUGAGGAGGAAGCCUCAUCUGAGGAGGAAGCCUCAUCUGAGGAGGAAGCCUCAACUCAAGCAAAUACAUCAAAAAAAAAAAAUUUAGACAGCAGGUACAUGAGAGGUGUUAAAUUAUUGGCAGGUAAGAAGAGGAUUUCUAUUCCAACGUAUGGUAGUGCCACCCCCAAAUUUCCUGGUUCAGAUUCCGAAGAGUCAGAUUCCGAAGAGGAAUUGGAUACGGAUGAGGAAUGGUAUUCGGGUGAUGAUUAA